AAGCUUUUAAAUUCGUUGUUGGGCCAGUACUGUUUACCAAUACCUUCUUCGCAUUCGUUACACUUGUUUCUCCGGGUGUAUUUUGUUUUUAACUAUUAAGAUGAAAGUAUUGAGUGUACUUGGUUGCCUACUGGUAGCAGUACAUGCGAACACUUACAAAGGGCAAAGAACUACUUUGGAGGACAUUGAAAGGGACUUAAGUGGUAUUAGUAAGUCUAUUACGCACCCUCAAACAAAGAAGGCUCCAAAUGCGCAACUAUCAUCUCCAACAAAAUUCGGAUUUAUUCCACACAGAACGGCUUCAUCUUACGCAGCAUCAAAACCAAAACUCCAAUAUACUCAAGGGAGUUAUCAAGUGAAACCUAAAGUAAAUCAACCUUCAACUUACCAGAAACCUCUAUACCAAACAGCACCUGCUCUUCAAUACGUUUCACCAGACCAAACCCAACAGUAUUCACAAACCAGUCAGCAGUACCUAAAUCAGCAACAAGCCCAAGAAUACACGUAUAUCCAACCAGACACUGCUCAGCAGUACGUGCAGUAUCAAGAACCCAGUCAGCAGUACUCACAAUACGACAAUAUUCAGUAUGUCACUGAUAACUCUAUUGGACAACAGGAUGGAAAACAGUCCUACUACUCUCAGCAACCUCAGUAUUAUUAUGUGCAAUAUCAGGCCCCCAGUACCGCUGUGGAAUCAGUUGUUGAACCAAAAGCUUCCACCUACUCCAACUACCUGCCAUCAAACGCGAUUCCAGUAGAGGAAAAGCAGCAGUACUUCACAGCUGUACAACAGCUACCACCAAUCACCACCACGGUAGCCAAGUACACCACGGUGGUGCCAAAGAAGCCUAAACACACCAGUCAGCAGUACCGUUCACAACAAACGUCGUAUUAUCCGCAAGAAGAGGCGGUGCCCAAAAGGGAACCUAAAAGUUUACUCGACUCCUAUGUUCCCUCAGUUUUACAAUUGCAGUACUUGAGGCAGUACCAAGGAAAAGGGAGCCAGUCGAAAUAUUGAAUAAGUAGCUUCAAUGAUGCGUUGUUGGCCAGUCCUCGCAAUAAAGAGGAUCUAAAGCUUUAAUAUUAUUAUUGUUAUUAAUUAUUAUAGGUUUAAUCAAUGUUUUUGUGCUUAUAUUUGUUUUAUAUAGGGGAUAAGUCUUGUUAAUAUUUAUACUAAAUAAAAAUGAUUUUUUUAAUUAA